AGUUAACCUUUCAGUGAUGAAGAAAUUUCUUUACAGAUGGAAGAAGAGGAGCGAACCUCAGCAUGGAGAAAGACCUGGAGCUGGACCGCUGACAGCCAAUCAGAGCAGCUUUGCAGCAGCAGAUGUUGGUCUGCAGGAGGUUCUAGAGGAACAUAAGAUCAGCCUGAGGAGGAGAUGUGAAUGUGUGACUGAAGGAGGCUAUGAAACAGGAAGUAGAACCCUCCUCAACAGGAUCUACACUGAUCUCUACAUCACUGAGGGACAGAGUGAAGAGGUUAAUACACAACAUGAGGUGAAGCAGCUGGAGAGAGCUUCCAAGAUCCAGAACCUCCAUGAUUCUCCAAUCAGGUGCCAGGACAUCUUCAAAGCCUUCCCUGAACAACAUGGAGCCAUCAGAGUGGUUCUGACCAACGGCGUCGCUGGUGACCAACAUGGAGCCAUCAGAGUGGUUCUGACCAACGGCGUCGCUGGUGUUGGAAAAACCUUCUCAGUGCAGAAGUUUGCUCUGGACUGGGCAGAGGGCUUGGAGAACCAAGAUGUCCGUGUGGUGGUUCUGCUUUCCUUCAGGGAGCUGAACCUGAUCAGAGAUCAGCAGCACAGUUUUCUCACGCUGCUCCAUGUUUUCCAUCCAACCCUCCAGAAGCUCCCCGCAGAGAAGCUGGCUGUCUGGAAGCUUCUCUUCAUCUUUGACGGUCUGGAUGAAAGCAGACUUUCUCUGGACUUCAACAACAGUCUGAUUGUUUCUGACGUCACACAGAAGUCAUCAGUCAACGUUCUGCUGAUUAACCUCAUCAAGGGGAACCUGCUUCCCUCGGCUCUGGUCUGGAUAACUUCCAGACCUGCAGCAGCCAAUCAGAUCCCUCCUUCCUGUGUUUCCAGGGUAACAGAAGUACGAGGUUUCACUGACGCCCAGAAGGAGGAGUACUUCAGGAGGAGGUUCAGUGAUGAAGAUAUGUCCAGCAGGAUCAUCUCCCACAUCCAGACCUCCAAGAGCCUCCACAUCAUGUGUGGGAUCCCAGUGUUCUGCUGGAUCACUGCUACGGUUCUGGAGAACCUGUUGACCACAGAGCAGAGAGGAGAGCUGCCCAAGACCAUGACUGACAUGUACUCACACUUCCUGCUGGUCCAGACCAAGAGGAAGAAUAACAAGUACCAUGUAGGACAUGAGAGGAGUCCACCGGAGCUGACGGAGGCUGACAGGGAAGUUCUCCUGAAGCUGGGGAGGCUGGCAUUAGAACAUCUGGAGAAAGGAAACAUCAUGUUCUACCAAGAAGACCUGGAGCAGUGUGGUCUGGAUGUCACAGAGGCCUCGGUGUACUCAGGAGUUUGUACAGAGAUCUUCAAAAGAGAGUGCGUGUUCUUCCAGAAACCAGUCUACUGCUUUGUUCAUCUGAGCAUCCAGGAGUUCCUGGCUGCAGUCUACAUGCUCCACUGUUUCACCAGCAGGAAUACAGAGGUGAUGGAGAACUUCCUGGGAGAAACAUACAAUGGAACAUUUCUGGAUGACUUCAUGGCGAAAAUCAUAGAUAAAUCCCUCAGGAGUCCAAAUGGCCACCUGGACCUGUUUGCUCGCUUCCUUCAUGGCCUCAUUGUGGAGUCCAACCAGAAACUGUUAGAUUUUCCACUUGGUCAGAUGAAGAUCAGUCGAGGAGCCAUCCAGGUAGUAAUCAACAACCUGAAGGAGCUGAGCGCUUUUAUAAUCCCUACUGACAGAAGCAUCAACAUCUUCCACUGUCUGAUGGAGAUGAAGGACCUCUCACUAUUUCAGGAGAUCCAACAGUUCCUGGAAUCAGGGAAGAAGCUCUCAGAGAUCCAGUGCUCAGCUCUGGCCAGCAUGCUGCAGAUCUUAGAUGUUCUGGAUGAGUUAGACCUGGAGAAGUACAACACAUCAGAGGGAGGACGACGUAGACUGGUUCCAGUUGUGAGGAACUGCAGAAAGGCUCGACUUGGUGGCUUUUCUCUCAAAGAGGCUGAGUGUGAAAUUGUGGCCUCAGCUCUGAAGUCCAACCAUCAUCUGACUGAAGUGAUAAUAGAUCAGAUCUAUGUAGGGGGAACCUUAGGAGACUCUGAAAGGAAGCAUCUGUGUGAGAUACUGGAGAGUUCAAUCUCCAAAGUAAAGGAACUGAGAUUGAAUGGCUACAGUUUGUCAGAGAUCAGCUGUGCUUCUCUGGGCUCAGCUCUGAAGUCCAACCCCUCCCAUCUGACAGAACUGGACCUGAGCAACAACGACCUGAUGGAUGGUGGAGUGAAGAAGCUCUAUGGUUUUCUCCAGUCUCCCCUCUGCAAACUACAGACACUGAGAUUGAAUGGCUGUAGGUUGUCAGAGAUCAGCUGUGUUUUUCUGGUCUUGGCUCUGAAGUCCAACCCCUCCCAUCUGACAGAACUGGACCUGAGCAACAACAACCUGAAAGAUGGUGGAGUGAAGCAGCUCUUUGGUUUUCUCCAGUCUCCCCUCUGCAAACUACAGACAUUGAGAUUGAAUGGCUGCAGUUUGUCAGAGAUCAGCUGUGCUUCUCUGGUCUCAGCUCUGAAGUCCAACCCCUCCCAUCUGACAGAACUGGACCUGAGCAACAACAACAACCUGAAAGAUGGUGGAGUGAAGCAGCUCUGUGGUUUUCUCCAGUCUCCCCUCUGCAAACUACAGACAUUGAGAUUGAAUGGCUGCAGUUUGUCAGAGAUCAGCUGUGCUUCUCUAGUCUCAGCUCUGCAGUCCAACCCCUCCCAUCUGACAGAACUGGACCUGAGCAACAACAACAACCUGAAAGAUGGUGGAGUGAAGCAGCUCUGCGGUUUUCUCCAGUCUCCCCUCUGCAAACUACAGAAAUUGAGGUCAGUCACCAUGUUUUAGUUUAAUGCUGUUAUUUCUGAUGGUAAAGUUGUGUUGACUCUAAACUGCAGACAUAUGGCUGAUAUUCUACUGAUCCACACUGAGGAUCUUCAGGCUAAAGUCUGAUUUCUUCUUCACUGCUUUGAUCCAGUUAAAG